AUGGAUCCUCGCAACGUGGAAGGCUCACGAAGCGCAGCAUGUGUUGAUUUGGUCAUCCUCCGGCUUGCGCAUCCUCACCUUUCUCACCUGCGCUGCAUCAGCAGCAUCCACCGCGCACUUGGCCCUGAAGCCAACGCAAGGCCUUUCGGACACUUGCCGCGCUGUGCAUUGGAGCACCCUUGGCGUUUGCUUCCUUUGCGCCCCCUUCUCACUGGCCUGCAGCCUCAUUCGUGCCCGAACUCCGCCUAG